UAAGAUUAUUAUAUACUAUUAAGUUGCCUCGAAAGCUGUGUGUAAUUUGGACACUGCAGGGAGAUGCCUGAUAGCAGAAGGAAUUAAGAAAACGUUAUUUAUUGUUUCUGUACACAGGAGAAUAUUUUGAAUGUAGAAGGGGCCCAAGAAAUUUAAAGCAUUUUUGUAAGUGGUUAUGUCUUUGCUCUUCACAGAUUAUUGAAUCUGCAAAAAAAAAUUUAAAUCAUUAACUUCUCAAUGUUUACAGCUUAAGAGGAAGAGACUUUACAGGAGUUUGAGAGAAUGUUCUCUUACUGAGACUUUUCUUGAAGUUAAUUUCAAUUAAUUUUAAAAAUACAAUUAAUUUUAAAAAUGAAAUUUAAAAGUAAUUAAUUUUUUAAUUUUAAUGGGAGGGGUUUGUAAAGAAAAAAUUUCUCUUAGUAUAAUCUGCAGGAACCAUAGUGUUUGAAUCUUGGUAGGCCUGCUCUUGUCCUAGAUAAUACUAAAAAUAAAUCGGUCAUUCUGAUUGGUGCACAAUUUUUAUUAGAAGUGGAAGUUUAGGAAAGAUAGAAACUGGAGGUAAAGGUUUGCACAUUUACGUGAUAGGUGGUCAAUGCAUUACUUGCAGUUAAAAACAAGAUUACUUUGAAAUGUAUUCAGAGUGCUCUACAGAAUGCUUAAUUACUGAGUCAUGUAAUUGAUUUUGGUAUGACAUCAAACGGUAUCUGAGAGGAGAUUGCACUGCCACGUACAUAUUAAAACAAAAAAAUCCAACCAUGUUCCUUACCCAAAUGAAAAUGGCUUUCACCUAAAGGUAGAGCUUUGUUGAGUGUACACUUGUAAAAGAAAUAUUGGCAAGAACAGCCUCUUGAUCAGGCAGUCAGGGUUAGUAAUCAAAGUGCUCUAAAAAUGGAGCUUGCAUGUUUGUGAGAGGUAGCAUUGCAAAUAGUCCUGUGCUAUGGUCUGAGGUAACUGUGUUUUCCUGUUUCUAGAGCAGAGUGGGAUCGAUGGCUCCUGAUAGGGCUAAUCGGAACAGCAGUGGGGGUGCUGGGGUUUUGAUUCAUGAGGUAAUUGACUUUCUCAUCAAAUGGAAAUGGAACCUGGUGGAAAAUUACCUGCAGGUGAGCAAGAAAAAGUCAGAGUGACAUUUUCUGUGUUUGUUUAUUAGAAAAUCAACAGUGUGAAGUUGUAGCUAUGCAGAGGUGCUGCCAGUCUAGGUGGAUGUGGAGAUCAGAUACCCUGCAGUCCUUUGCUACAACUUAGGCUGCAGUACAGUAUAAUAUCUGAGGGUGUUCUUGUUAUGAGAUUGAUGAAAGCAGACUUUAAAAUACUGCGGCCUUCCUCUUUCUCCUUGUACUCAAGAGGCACGUGCUGCUUUAGGUAUGGUUGAUACCCAAGGGAAGGGAUUAAGAUUCAUAAAGAUACUUGGUGACUGUGGACCUGAUAUCAGAUAUGUUACUUCUAUCUAUGUCUGGGGCAGCUAUAUUUUCAGUAAUAGAAUAUUGUGGAAUUAUUAAUUUGUUCUUGAUGGAUAUCAUUGUCUCUGUGAUAAUUAGCAUGGUGAUAGUAAAAAUCACUGAAUGGGUAAAACCAGAGUAGAUGUUAAGGCAUCACUGACCCUGACUGCUUGCUUUUCUCACCUGUGGAGAGAAGCAGGUGGUAAAAUUUUCAGUUGGCUUGUGAUAUCUCUGGUAGAUGGUAUAAAUACCAAAAUGCUUCUUGUGAGAAAGGGGCUUUGAGCUUUUGUUCCAGCUGAAUCCUGACCAGGGAGGAUCAGGAAUCCUGUCAAUGGGUGCUGGGCGGAUGCUGUAUAACCAUCAAUCACAGCAUGCAGCCAGCAAUUUGUGCAGCAGGAGGCCAGGGUCUGGGCUGACAGUGCUUUUGUGCUCAGCAGCAGUGGCAAGGAGCAGCUGGGGGUCCCCAGCAGCCAGCAGAGAAAUUGCCCCUGCCUCAGCAGAGGCUACGGCCCAGAGCAAGCUGCUGAAGGAGGGUGUAGGUCUGCAGAUUUGUGGCUCUGGGCAGUGCUGGGAGUCUCUCACUGAGGCUGGAGCAUGGCAGAUGAGCUCCUUGUCUGCACAGAUGGGCUGGGAUAGCUGGCACUUCUGUAGCACUGCAGGAGCUGGAUAGAGGGUCUUUAGGAAGGACACACCAUAGUUAGGAGCAGGAGUUGUAUGAAGGACAAGAAGGUGCUUGGGAGUAGUCUGCAUGGAUUUACAAUGGAUAGCAACCUUCUACAACGAGAGGACUGGAACAGUGGAUGUUUUCAUUUCAGCUUUAGCAAGGCUUUCAUCACUGUCUCCCAUAAUAUCAUCACAGACAAACUGAUGGUGUAAGGGUUAGAUAAGUGGACAGUGAGAUGGAUUUAGCUGGCAGAACUCCUGGGAUCAAAGUGUUAUGUUCAGUGGCACAAAGUCCGUCUGGAGGCUGGUCAUCACGGGUGUGCCCCAUAGGUCAGUACUGGGGCCAAAUACUGUUGGAUGUUUUCGCCAAUGACCUGCAUGACGGGACAGUGUUGUGGUGCACCCUCAGCAAACUUGCAGGCAAAAGCAAAACUGGAAGGAAGCAGUGCUUGAUAGACCACAAGGCUGUGUGGUACCAACAGCCUCCUAGUCUGCAUUAGGAGUGGUUGCGGGAAGUGCAGCAGGUUGAGGGAAGUGAUUUCUUCCCGUCUCUUCAGCACUGGUGAGGCCAAAUCCGAAGUACUGGAUCCAGUUUUGGGCUCUCCAGUGCAAUGGAUAUGUGGAUGUGUCCUCCAGUAUUCUGUGGAAUCAAGAAAAUGGAACACUACUGCCAACUACUGAAGGACAGAUCUCAAUCACUUCACAGAAAUGCAAGGGAAGGGUUAUUCUGUGGAGCAGAUGGAAGCUGAAUAUAUCAGCAGGAAUAUUCAAGAAAUGAACAAGUUUAGGUUUUCCAUGGGCAAAGCAUAUAUAAUGCUCUUGGAAUAUUAUUUCCCUGAUUUUUUUCCUAUACAAACUAUGUGCAUGUUUGUAAAAUAUAUAAACAGUGGAUAAAUACACAUGCAAAUGUGUAUGUGUACAUUUGUAUGUAUAUAUUUGUAUGUGUGUAUAUAUACACACUAAAGUAUAAAUAAAGAAUAUAUAGAAAGAAACCACAGUUUGACUCCAGGGCAUCACAGCCACUGUUAAACACACUGUUGGUCCUGUUGUGUUAUAAAAUUUGUCCUGUUGUAUUAGGCUAAUACAGAGGGACAGGAGCUGAGCUCUGACAUAAGUACAAACAUGUAAUUCCUGCUCUGGAACAUCUUCCCAUCUAAAUACCUCCUUCAGCUGCAGAUGAGCAAAUCUCUAUUUUGUGCGCUUUGCUUUGCUGUUUGGCUGUGCUGCGCAGUGCAUUUACAAAACACUUGAUGGCAGAUGCUGCUGAGAAGGCUGCAGUGUCUGGGUACGACACUGUGACCUCAGAAAUGCAGGGAUGUGCUUGACCUGCACCCACAGUGUCUCACAGUGAAGUACGUGGGAGUUGAGGAUUUCUGGAGACAGCACCACUGUGGUCACCCCAAGCACAAACAAACCAACCAGCUGAAAACCCAGGAUGACCAAGACAUGUUUUUUGAAUGUUAGAAUGCCCAGUAUGAGAGAGAUCCUUUUGGCUAAAAUAAAGCAGGGGAGAACUUGCUCACGUAUAUUCUGUCUACUAAUAACAGCUGCAAAUUCAUGAAGAUUAUUACUGAUGUAAGACUUUGAAGCCUCUGCUCAGGCAAAAUUCUUUCUGUGGUAGUGUUUUCUUGUGUGUGUUCUUAAGGUCCUUGAACUCUGCUCUUGACCUGAGAAAGGUCUUGAUGAGUAACAAUGUAUCCUUUAUAAUGUUUUUAGAGAUGGGCAAGAAAUCCUGGGAAAAAUAAAUUACUUGACUCUGAAAGUCGUGAUUCACCUUAGUCUUACUCACUCCCAUCGUUCUAAAGAGCCUGUGCUGCUUGUUUUGAUUUUUUCCCUAUCGUACACCUUCUGCCUGCAGAAAUUUGUGGAACAAAAGGUGAUUGAAAAGCAGGAUCUGGUCUGUGAGUGGUGAUGUAGUAAUCUGUUUGUCCACCCAACAUCCACAUGACCUGGCUGUUUGUGCUUUGGUCAGGGUUGGCCUUGGUGGUUCUCUGUUCAGGCUCAGUGCUGGCGCAGUUUCACUAUGGCUGCUGCAGGAGAAGGCAUCACGUCGGUAUUUCAUGCCCCCAUUGGUGGGCUCUUGUUCGCUUGAGAAGAAUGGCUUCGUUCUGGUACAUGAGGCUGGCCUGGCAAGGCUUAUUCUGCUGCUUGAUGGCCACCUUCACCACGGGUGUUGAACCUGGAAUUGUUCUCUGCCAGGGACAUCAUGGAGAUUGGCGUCAGAGUCCUUCACCUGAAGGAGAACAUUGCCUCCUUGGCUUGACUUCAUGCAAGUACAAGCCAUGGUGGAUCCCCAGUGGUUUGCAGUCCCAGGCCAGAACACCCAGAGAUGCCUUAUAUGAGUUUGCUAGAGGCAGAAGGAGCCACAAAGGACCUUUUUCAGAGGCAGAGAUUGCAGAUGACCUCAUGCUAAGGAGAGAGGAUGCAAAGCACAAAGCUUCUGAGGUACCCAUGCAGCACCACGUGGAACUUUGGCAGACCUGUGAAGUGGGAAGUCAAGCAGGCAGCCUAAAGGCACCACAGCCAGAAGAGAAACAGGAGGAGGAUGUGGAAAUAAUUGGAAAUCCCUGGGUUCCAGAAAGUCAGCAGAGAACAUGCCAGCACCCUUAAGCUAAGGAGGGACCUGGAAGAGGGUGCAGUUUGCAUAUUUGGAAGGAGAGAGGGAAGUGCAUGUUAAUAAGGCAGUGUGAAGGUCUGUGAACUGCAGCAGAGGCAUUCAAGGCCAUGAAAAGUAGCGCUAAGUGAGAUAUGAAGUGCCCUGAACAGAUGCAGCUGUUGUGUUUGACUGUGAUAAAUGGUGGAAAAGCAUGUCAAAUCUUCCUGUAGGAAUGUGUUUAUUGGUUGAAGUGUUACGUCGGAACAUACCAUUUUUUACUGCUGCCGAGUUGCUGAUAAAUCCUCUGAAGCCUAAAACCUUGGGUUGCCUGAGGUUAACGGAGCCCUGAAAGUUUGCACCAGUUGAAGAUCAGUCCCUGGGUGUCCAGAACCCUACAGGGAGCGUUCUUUUCUAAUGAGCAAGAUGUUUGGGGGAACUGCAGGGACUGUGAUCUGAGGAUACUGGGGUGAAACAACAGCCAAACCCAAAUGUUAGUUUCUUUAGUAGCAGCUAACACAUUUCCUGACUGCUGUCUUGUCCAUGUAACUUGAAAAGAAUUUUGAAUGAGUCUGUGGCAGAAUAAACUAGUUAAUGAGA